UGCGCGGCUGGGCGGAAGCUACGGUAGGGCCACGCGCAUGGUUGGCGGCUAUGGAGGUAGCAAAGCGUGCAGACGCCCGGUUAAGUACUGACACCAGAACAGAGUCCAGCCCUCGAAGUCCAGUCUGCAGCCUCCGGCAUUUUGCUUGUGAACAGAACCUGCUGUCCCGACCGGAUGGAUCUGCUUCUUUUCUGCAAGGUGACACCUCUGUCCUGGCUGGAGUGUACGGGCCAGCCGAGGUGAAGGUCAGCAAAGAAAUCUUCAACAAGGCUACACUCGAAGUGAUCCUGAGGCCGAAGAUUGGGCUGCCUGGUGUGGCUGAGAAAAGCCGGGAGCGGCUGAUCAGGAACACGUGUGAAGCAGUGGUUCUAGGAGGCCUGCACCCCCGCACUUCCAUCACAGUGGUGCUGCAGGUGGUGAGCGACACCGGCUCCCUCUUGGCCUGCUGCUUGAAUGCUGCCUGCAUGGCACUGGUGGAUGCAGGUGUGCCCAUGCGGGCUCUCUUCUGCGGGGUCAGCUGUGCCUUGGACUCUGAUGGCAAUCUCGUGCUGGACCCCACAACCAAGCAAGAAAAGGAGGCCCGGGCCAUCCUGACCUUUGCUCUGGACAGCGUGGAGCAGAAACUGCUGAUGUCCACCACCAAGGGACUCUAUUCUGAUGCCGAGCUCCAGCAGUGCCUGGCUGCUGCCCAGGCUGCCUCACAGCACAUCUUCCGCUUCUACCGGGAAUCGCUGCAGAGGCGCUACUCGAAAAGCUGAGACAAGCCAGGGCAGGGUGCACCUCCUGUCACCACGCCCACCGCCUCCAGCUGUCACAUGCCAGCUCCUCACUUUACCUCAUACUGUGCCCAUGUGACCUCCAGUCCUGUAACAGCAGGGGCUCCUGUGCCAGAACACCAUUAAAAGGAGCUCACCUGUGUUGAAUGAGUCAUAG